AUGGAGGAUAGCCCUGGUUUGAGGGCCAGUCCCGCCACCAAAGUCCCCAGCGCAUGUCAGCGCUGUCGACGUCAGAAGCUAAAGGCAUUCAACCUUCACAAUGUGGCCGCACCGGGGCCACCUGCAACGGACGCACUCCCGGGAGCCCCCUUGCAAGAGCCUAGAUCUGCUUCACCAAGCGUUGAGUUUGACACAUAUGAGCAUUCCUCUUCAACUGCACUCGCGCCCUGCGACCUGUCCUCUCCCGUUACGGGGGACUUGGCAUCCCUACUACCCAGCUUUGACGCGGCCAGUCUUCUCGUAGAUACAUAUUUCGAUCGAGCGCACUGGUUCAUGUUGGUCUUCUAUCAAGACGAGUUUCGUCAGCGGUGGCCCAAACUGUAUAGCGACUCUACUGAGAGGCCUUCAACAUACUCCCACCAUCACCUCGGCUUUCUCAGCACCUUCCUGAUUGUAAUUGCCAUCGGGCUGCAGUACGCCGGGCCCUAUCGACGAGAGAUUCUCUUGAGAUAUGGGGUUGAAAUUGCCCUUAGGGAUCGCAUUCUCUCUGUUAACUCGGUUCAAUCGACUAAUUUCCGAACUCGUAAUGAAACUCGCAAAAGAUGCUGGUGGGCAGUGUAUGAGAUUGAAACCUUCUCUGCCGUGGCAUAUGGGUAUCCACACAGUAUCCGAGACGACGACUGCGACGUGGAACCGUUAGAUCCAUCAGCCAAACUUCAAACUAUGCAGUCUCCGGGUUCAUUCGAUGAACCUCUGACGUCGGGUCCAACGCUACUUUCCUACAAGUACUUCAUAACCAAACUAUCUACCAUCUCCAAGGGAGCCUUGGAUGAUCUGUAUCGCGUUCGCUCGCAUGCAGCUAGCCGAUCUCGCACAGAUUCCCUGGAUAUCCAAAGAAUCGUUCGAAAGGUCGCCGACUACGACAGUCGUCUCCGUCAUUGGGAAGCAGAGAUUCCUCUCCCACUCCAGUGGCGCCGGGUCGCUCACCAAUCUCAUUACGCCUCUGCCGAAGAAGUCGAUCGCGAUAUUGGGGCCUCGGGGCCUCGCUUCGAGAAUCACAUUUAUCAACUCCAAGCUCUCGCUCUGUGGCUUGCGUAUCAGAACGCACGCAUUCUCACGCACCGUCCACUUCUUUCCUACACGCUGGCCGCUGGAGAACGAACCAGCAAGUAUAAUGGGGAUGCUGCAUAUUCGGUUGACCCCUUUGGUGCCUCUUUGACCGCUUGUCGUGAUGCGGCGCUCAGCAUGUCGGAGAUUCAGUCAAGCCCGUUAUUAGAAGUGGUUUCGGAAACAUAUGCGGCUUCAUUUGUUAGCAUUCAUACAUUCACAGCAGGCGUGACCCUUGGUAUCCUCAGCAGCAUGGAUCCUCUAGGUCCACACUCUACCGAGACCAAGUCCGGACUCCGCAAAUUGAUCGGCAUCCAGGACAAGCUCCGAACACACUCAGUUGCAGCGCAGCAGGGAUUGACUAUCCUUCAGCGCCUGGUGAAAUUGAUCAUGGAAAAAGAACUCAGUGUAAUGAUGGAAUUGUCUACUUCUGCAACCACUGCACGUUCAAAUGAGCCGACAAUGACGAAUUCUUCAUCGAGACAGAGAAUUUCGGGCCAAGCCUCUGAUGGACCAGCAGCUCGAAAUAAUGCCAUUGAUCCCUUUGGGGUGUCCACGGCACUCGUAGGCUCCAUUGCUCCGAAUCUCCCAGCUGGAGAUGGAUCCGCCCAAUACAUGCAUGAUCCUGCUCUCGCGGCUGCCCUUCAAGACUUUGAUCAAGCUCUGUCAAACUAUGGCCCCCGAGCCCAGGUAGGCCACGAUGGCAGCCCAGAAAGCCUGUCAUUUUGGCCCACCGCGGAGGGCUUUCCGAUCCUGGAGCAGAGUUGGAUGUGGGGCAUUGAAGGUGCACCUUUCUACGGGGAGCAUACAGGUCCACACAAUGGCGGUAGCUAUACACCCUGA